CUGGAAUCUCCAAUUAUUGAUUUGCCUCAAUGAUGAAUUGACGUCUUAGCAUUUUCAACAUACUAGAGCCGCUCUACUGUGGGACUGUACACGAUCAUGAACAGCAGUGGCAUCGCCUGUCAGUUAGUUCGGAGCCUCAAGUCGAGUGCAAGAGGCUCUCGAGAUGCAUUCUGCAAUGGCUAUCACAGUUUGCCUGCCGCUCGACCUCGGCUUCGAAAACAGCCAUGCAACGCCGCCCGGAUACAGACCAGAACGGCAAAGACGUACACAAGACCUCCCAACCGCUUCGAGAAGAUGGUGAUCGAUGCUCGAGUUCAACACCCAAUCCUCUUCCCUUUCCUGCUCAUCGGCUGCUUCGGCUCCGUCUCGAUGCUGCUGGUGAUGGCAUACAACGAAUACAAGAAGGACAAGCUCCACACAACCGACUACCCCAUCGAAGUCGAGGAGCGCUUGCGACUUGCCCUGCACUACACACAUAUCCAGCCCGAUCCCGAGACUUCGGCGAAGUAUUUCAUGCAGGCAAUUCAGAAGGCAGAAGAAGCCGGGAUGGAUCCAUUCAAGCCUGAUGCACUGGGUAUCAGGAUACGGUUCUCUCAGAUGAUGGAGAACUUUGGACAUGUCAAGUCGGCCAUCGAGAUCCUUGACGGUGUUACAAAAGACGUAGAGCAGAAGCUCGCCGAGGUUGACGAGGAACGAGCUGCGCACACAAACAAACCAAACGAGGAAGAGGAGGCCACGAGAAGGACUUUACUAAGGGCAGCUAUACAGACAAAGGUCAAAGUGGCCUCGUUAUAUGAAAGUGACUACAUGCAAGACCGGCAAAUGGCUAAGAAGAUCCUCUCCGACGCGGUCGGUUUGGUCGUGAAAGAAACCCAAGACGCCCAGACGACCGGCUUCACAGAUGACAACAGUGCUGGCAUGACGGCAGGCGAGAUCGCUGCGAUGCUGUCUCAAAUGGGAGAUUUAUACGCUACAACCGGCGAAGAGGCAAAUGCCUUGCAGGUCUAUAUGCUUACUCUCCAACCUUUACGGGCGUCCUGCAAUGGGACGAGAUCAUGCAAAGAAGCUCAAGUGCUCAGUAAUAUCGCGUCGACCAUGGACCUGGCGCUCAAGAAGCCCGAUGCAAAGAUCAAUGGGAGACCGGCGACAAAGUCAUCACUGGCAGCGGCGCGGAAAGCAGCGUUGGACUGGGCGGACCAGGCCAUUGCGACAACUCAGGUUGUCAGUCCCGAAGAGCGGGAUGAAAUCUGCGAAUUGGCGCUCCUCUCGGCGCAGAUGACACGGGCUGAUCUAUUGUUGGAAUGUGGCGACAAGGACAAGUCCCGUGAAGCAUUCUCGAGUUUAUUGCCAACGUUGAGGGAGAAAAAUCUUACGCCGCUUGUUCAAGUCGCUGAGGAAGGGUUGAAGAAGGCCAACGCUUGAUUUCUCGCCUCGCCCGAGGGCAGCUCCUCUAGAAGGUAUCAAGAGCUGAUUGUCUGAAAUGUCGCUUGCACGAGCUUGUGGCAGAUGCUUGUCAUGGGGCUUCGCGUACGAUGUGUCAUCGGCGACAUAGACCCUUGCAAGCAGCAUCAGAUGGCCUGACACAGUCGGGGCACGCUUGAGCCCUCGUCCAUCUUUUGUCACCAAAGCCGCCACGCGAAGUAAUCCAAGCAUCCUGGACAUCUACGAGUAGGGACUCGUGCACUGGUUGGGGCCUCUCACCUGUGCGUCCAAGCCAUGAUCUCCAAUGCCGGACCUGAAACAAGCUAUUGUUGCUAAAACUGAGCACUGCGCUUUAAACCACCUUCCCUUCAGAGAUGCAAAAAGUUGAGGUUCGAAGGCGGAAACGGCCGAGGAGGAUGGGCUGCCUUGCGAUGGUGUCCUUGCAAGGAUGCUCGAAAUCAUCAAGUUGCAGUGAUGCAGUUGGAAGGUGGGAGCUAUGCCACCGAAUUGCGCGAAUAACCAACGAAACACUACGGCUAAGCAAUUGCUACCUUGGGACUUCAUGGCUAUUCCAAGCGUCCGUGCUGAGGACCUCCAACCUGAAGAUCCAUCCACUCCCGUAGCUUGAGAAUUUGCCUCUCAGCACAAACAAUGUCAUUGCGAGCCACCUGUGCAUCGAGAUGCCGUUAUUGGUGAAAAGCGCGAGGCAGAGAAGGAGAAGGAAUGUUUCUGCGUUGUGCUGUCAGUGGGAUACGAUGAUGGACGGGUGGAUCGGUGGAUGGCUGAAUGGCUGUCCACCCACUUCUCGACAUUGUCUCUCGCAUCGGAUCAAAGUUUCUACUUGGCCGGAGCCGCUUACAAUCACCGAAUUGGGACAAACUAGCGAAACUUCCGAAGAUAUCAUUGGUCGAACCGCACCCUGGCUCCACUAAAGCUGCUAUUUCCUGCUGCGCCCUUUUCUCUCUGAGCUCCCCUUCGGUGCCUCUCUCUCUCUCUCUUCAGCUGUCAAAGGUUCGAACACAUUUUCCUCUUC